ACAACCACAGAACCACAAGUGGGGCGGCUGGCAGAGUCAGCGGGCGACGCGGGCGCAGUGGUCAGCGGCAGGAGGAAUCACACAGCUGCAAACCACAGGGUUUCGCAGGGCGGCGAGCAUCCCCAAGCCACAGCCGAGCACCGCUUUUUUUUUUUAAUCUUUAACAAUUUGAAUAUUUGUUUUGCAAAGGUGAACACCGCCCUCGGACCCCGCCUGCCGAAGAGGGUGCGAGGAGGAGCAGCCAUGGCCUCGGAGAGCCUGUUUGAGUCAUUUCCUUCGUACCCGCAGUGCUUCAUGCGCGAUGCCAGCACGAGCCGCCGCUUCACGCCGCCGUCCACCGCGCUGAGCCCGGGCAAGAUGAGCGAGGCGCUGCCGCUGGGCGCCCCGGACGCCGGCGCCGCCCUGGCCGGCAAGCUGAGGAGCGGCGACCGCAGCAUGGUGGAGGUGCUGGCCGACCACCCGGGCGAGCUGGUGCGCACCGACAGCCCCAACUUCCUCUGCUCCGUGCUGCCCACGCACUGGCGCUGCAACAAGACGCUGCCCAUCGCUUUCAAGGUGGUGGCUCUCGGGGACGUUCCGGAUGGGACGCUGGUCACCGUGAUGGCCGGCAAUGACGAGAACUACUCAGCCGAACUGAGAAACGCCACCGCGGCCAUGAAGAACCAAGUCGCGAGAUUCAAUGACCUCAGGUUUGUCGGCCGGAGUGGAAGAGGGAAGAGCUUCACGCUGACGAUCACCGUCUUCACAAACCCGCCGCAGGUCGCCACUUACCACCGCGCCAUCAAGAUCACCGUGGAUGGGCCCCGGGAACCCCGAAGACAUCGUCAGAAACUAGACGAUCAGACCAAGCCGGGGAGCUUGUCCUUUUCCGAGCGGCUCAGUGAGCUGGAGCAGCUGCGGCGCACGGCCAUGCGGGUCAGCCCACACCACCCCGCCCCCACACCCAACCCGCGCGCCUCCUUGGGCCACUCCACUGCCUUUAACCCUCAGCCUCAGAGCCAGAUGCAGGACACCAGGCAGAUCCAGCCCUCCCCGCCCUGGUCCUACGACCAGUCCUACCAGUACCUGGGCUCGAUCGCCUCUCCCUCCGUGCACCCAGCGACGCCCAUCUCGCCGGGCCGGGCCAGCGGCAUGACGACCCUCUCCGCGGAGAUUUCCAGCCGGCUCUCAACGGCCCCCGAGCUGACGGCCUUCGGCGACCCGCGCCAGUUCCCGGCGCUGCCCUCCAUCUCGGACCCGCGCAUGCACUACCCGGGCGCCUUCACCUACUCCCCGACGCCCGUCACCUCGGGCAUCGGCAUCGGCAUGUCGGCCAUGGGCUCGGCCACGCGCUACCACACGUACCUGCCGCCGCCCUACCCGGGCUCCUCGCAGGCGCAGGGCGGCCCCUUCCAGGCGGGCUCGCCCUCCUACCACCUGUACUACGGCGCGUCCGCCGGCUCCUACCAGUUCUCCAUGGUGGGCGAGCGCUCGCCGCCGCGCAUCCUGCCGCCCUGCACCAACGCGUCCACCGGCGCCGCGCUGCUGCACCCCAGCCUGCCCACGCCCAGCGACGCGGGCGAGGCCGAGGGCAGCCACAGCAACUCGCCCACCAUGCCCGCCGCGCGCCUGGAGGAGGCCGUGUGGCGGCCCUACUGAGCCCACCUCGCGGGCCGCCGGCACCAGCUGGACCGGCCGGGCCCCCGCGCGCUGGCACCAGCUGGACCGGCCGGGCCCCCGCGCGCUGGCACCAGCUGGACCGGCCGGGCCAUCGCCAUCGCCAUCGCCAUCGCCGCCGGCCUCCAGCGCCAUCGGAGCCCGCCGUCUGCAGAGUGUGACGGUCCGGCCAUGUGGCCCCCGGGAGGCGAACAGGAAGAUUCCAGAGGAAAACUGUGAAUGCUUCUGAAUUAGCAAUGCUGUGAAUAAAAGAAAGAUUUUAUACCCUGACUUCACUUUUUAACCAAGUUGUUUAUUCCAAAGAGUAUGGAAGUUUGGUUCAGGGUUGGGGGAUGCAACUCAUCCUGUUUGGCAUCGAAUUGGUAUUUUUCAUGUUCUUUUCCAGCACCUUAUAAAUUGCAAAAUGCGUAUUUGCAUUUGAGGUGGUUUUAUUUUUAUAUACAUAUAUAUAAAAAUUUGAGCUUGCUUCUUUCUUGCUAUGACAAUUGAAAAAAAAUAUGAUUCCUUUUCUUGUAAGGUUUAUUUAACUUUUCUUUUGGACUUUUGUGUAGUUGUGUGUUUUUGUUUUUUUAAGAAACAGCUACAGCUUUGGGUCAUUUUCAACUACUGUAUUCCCACGAGGAAUCCCUAGAUAUUUAUGUAUCUUGAUGUAUAGACAGUUACUUAUGUGUUGAUACUUUUUUAUUAUUUAAAUGUACUUAUAUUAAGAAGAAGAAUAUCAAGUACUACAUUUUUUUUUUGAUAGUAGCCAAAGUUAAAUGUAUCACAUUGAAGAAGGCUGGGGAAAAAGGAUGGGUAAUGUGAUCCCUUGGUUAUCUACAUAUUGUUUACAUUAAACUUCCUUUAAUGUUAAUCAAACGAGUUGGUAGCUAAUGCAGCAAUGUUUUAAUAGCCUUUUCAGAUCCUGAGGGUUCAUCCAGAGACCCGAGGCAGGGGGUGUUCUGCGGAGCCCCACAAAGGCUCUGCUGCCUGACUCCCGCCCUGGAAGCAGAGGUCAGGCCUGGCUCCAGAGGGCUCGGGAGAUGCCAGCGACGGCCCCUCUGGCAAGGACUCACUGUCGGCCUAGGGAUCCGCUCACUGCGUGCCUCUUGGUAACUUCAGAACACAUCCAAAGUCAGCCAUGUGGGGAGCAGUAUCCACAUGGGAGCCAAAUCCGUGAAUUCAGGGGUUCCUGUGAUGCUGGGUUCUGGGUGGGAAGGAGAUCUGCCGAAUCCAGAAUGUAGUGGCUUUUAGCUUUAAGAAAAUGCUCCUCGUUUGCAGUUACCUGCUCGUUUACACAGAACAAAACGUGUGGCUGUUCCCCGAGGCUGGGGGUGGAAGGGACUGGGCCGGGUGCCUUUGCCCGCUGCAGGUCCCCGGCCAGGAUGGGCCCAGCAGCCGGCCUGCGCGAGCCAGUCUCCCUCCGUCUCUGGAGUCCCGCGGGACAGCAUCAGUCCCAGCUGUGCAGGCCCCCACCCCGUGCUGCUCGCUGACCACCCACCUUCGUGUUGCCGUCCCCAGGCUGAGACCCUCCCCUGGGGGGAGGGAGGGUGCACUUUGACCUGCGUGUCCUGUGAGCGGAAAGAUCCGUGUCACGCCUGCUGCCCAUGGCUACAAGUCAAGCACAGCCGAUGUCACUGUAAACUGAUGGCACUGUUUUGACUGGAGGAUCCGGCCAGAGCGCACAAAUACUCCAGCUCGUACACACGAGCUGCUGACGUCGGCCUGCGUGCGCUCAAAGUGGUCGGGGGCCGUUUAAUGCGCCGCUUCAGCUCCUGGGCACGACUUCGGGUCAGCUCGGAAGAGCGUGUGAGAGCAGGACUUGAGAACAGUGUUUGGUUUUUAUUCUGUAAAUGUAAGGGUUCGCGUUAGGAAGAUCUUCGGCUGCAGGCAGCAAAGACAGCUGAGUUUAUUUAAAACAACUUGUUUUUGAGUUUUCUCCUAUAUCCAGGGGUGGGGGACGUGGGUUUACAGUUGUGAAUAUGCAAAACACAGAGUUUAUUCUUGUAUUGUUAUUUAUUCAUUAUUGUAUUAUUUGCCAUGCGAGCGGCUGUUCCCCGACUGUUGCCCGCCCUGGGUAUGCUGUUUUACGCAAACGCAGUAGCACUUUGGUGAGAGGUGAAGAGGAAGGAGUCUGUCUUGUGAGGUCAAGGGUCUCUAGAAAAGGGCUAAGCAGAGCUCGGGGAAACCCCAGGCGAGGUCCAUGUUCAUUUUAGACAUAAUCCUCCCUCCGGCAUUCAUUUUCCUAUUUUAUUCUAGAUUGCUUUAUUUUAUUUAUUUAUUUGGCAGGAAAAUUACCUGCCAGUCCAUUUAAAAUGUCCAUUUCUGAAAAGAACCCUCAGCCCGUUUACCCCACAUUGACUUCAAAUGUUCUUUCCAGCACCUGUGGCCACAUCUACCCUGACAAAAUGCUGGGGAAAAUGAAGGAAAAAAAUUUUUUUGUUGUUCAAUUCUGGUCCCUGAUGAUAUUCCAGCUGGAAAUCAGCCGAGGGUCCUGCACCAGAAUCAGGUCACCUGUUGCGUGAGCCUUCGGUCUGAGGCCACGCGUGAGCAGGGCUGCUCGCUGUCCCACAGGCCCACGGGUUUGGCCAUCCAGAGUCCCCUUCCAGCAGAUUCGGUAUUUAAUUGUUUCAGAAAAAGUGAAUCUGAGGUCAGCUGUUUGGGAGAUAGAGGGCACAGCUAGUGACUUUCCCUGAGGGACUGCGUCGUCCGGCCGGUACAUUAAGGUGGCCUUUCAGCCGGGAGGCCAACAGCCAGUGAUGGCAAAGCCAGGUGUCUCCGGGAGCCUUGGUGCCGGAGAAGAAGCAUGAGCUAAGCCAUCUCUCAAUCUUAUUUAUAAUUAGACAUGGACACGUUUCACUGCAGUGUUUUCUUUUUCUCACUAUCGAUCAUACUUACAGUUCUCUCCCUCUUUGCCCCUGUAACAUCUCCCACUGUCUCUCUCCCCCUCUCCUCCUCCUUCUGUCUGGGAAAUACACCCCUCCCAACACCAGGAGUCCAAACUGGAGCAGCCACGAGUGGGCUUCUUGCCGCUCGGGUGCCCGCGGCCGCGGCUGGAGCCUGCCAGGCCGGGCACAGUCAGAGCUGAAGCUGCCCGGGCUGUGCCCACCGACGGAACGGCUCUCACUGGGCGGGAAACGCGUGGUCUCACCCCAAGCCCUGCAGUUCCCAUUGCGGGUUUCUGUCCGGGCCUGUUUCCGUGGGACAUCCUGCCCAGCGAUUCUCGGUGUGGGUGGUGUUUCUUUCCGGGGGGGUGACACGUUUGGGGUCUGUUACACAGCGAACGUCAGUCUAACCAUCGUCUCAGAAAACAGCUGUGACGUCUGAACAGAUGCCUUUGCGUUCACCGGCAGGGCACACUGUUCGGGGUUUUCUGCUUGUCUCUCUGGCAUUUUCCUCUCCCUGCAGCCAGGUCAGGGCCCAUGAGGCUGGCCGCUGGGUUACUUUUUCCUUCCAGGAGAGUUGCAUCAACAAAGUUCGUUGUAUUUAUGUCUGUAAAUAGGUUUUAAGCUCCAUUAUAAAAUAUUGUUAAUACGAUAACUUUUUUCAAUUUUAUGUGUGCUUCUAAGGACGUUUUCUUACGUUUGCUCAAUACUGUAGACAAAAAUGCU